AAUAUACAACUCCGUCGCUUAGAGUCGAGGUUCAGUUGAAUCAAAGACACACGCAGUUAGUUCCACCAACAUGUCGGUGGUGGGCUUGUUGGCCGGUAUCGGCGCUUUUUUCAAAGUGCGUUACCUGCACGACAAGGCCGUCAUAGACAACCCCGUGUUCCGUCUUCACUACCGUUUCACCAGCGCCUUCUUCUUCGCCGCUUGCGUCCUCACCACGGCCUUCAAUUUCUUCGGCAAUCCGAUCAGCUGCAUAACCGGAGAGCCGUUCUCAAGACCGGAAGCGCUCAACACCUACUGCUGGCUUCACAGCACGUUUACGCUGGCCAGCCAAGAAGGCCAACGCGUUGGAAUAGAAUUCGCUCAUCCGGGAGUCGGUGCGGAGAAAUCCGACAGCGAGCAUCGCUACCACAACUACUACCAAUGGGUGCCUUUCGUCCUGUUCCUGCAAGGCGUCCUCUUCUACCUUCCGCACUGGCUGUGGAAGAUGAACGAAGGCGGCCGCGUCAGAGACAUGACCGGCGGCAGUCGAGGCACCAGCAUCGGACAGGAAGGCGCCCGUCACGAUCACUGCGCCGCCCUCUUCAGCUAUUUGGUGCAGACGAUGCGAUAUCAUCGCAAUCUAAUCGCCGCCUACGUCACGUGCGAGCUGCUCAACUUCGCCAACGUGGUGGGAAACAUUUACUUCAUCAACCGGUUCCUCAACGGCGCUUUCCUAACCUACGGCACGCGAGUGGUCCAGCUGUCCGACGAGGACCAGGAGGAUCGUGCCGAUCCCAUGGUCGAGGUCUUCCCGCGCAUGACCAAAUGCAAUUUCCACAUGUACGGCUCGUCGGGAACGAUCCAGAAGAUCGACGCCCUCUGUCUCCUUCCGCUCAACAUCGCCAACGAAAAGAUCUACAUCUUCCUCUGGUUCUGGCUCAUUAUCCUGUCAGUCAUUACCGGUUUAGCCCUGAUCUACAGGUUAGCCAUGUUUAUGUCACCGACGCUACGCCUCUUUCUCAUCCGUCGCCUGGCAUCGCCAUCAAAGGCCUCUACAGAGACAGUCGUCUGGCGCGUCCCUGUCGGUGAUUACUUUCUCCUUCACAUGCUCGGCAAGAACCUGGAAGGCUUCCUGUUCAACCGAUUGAUGGACGACCUGGCUAAGCACCUGACGAGUAACGCCAGUGAGGCGGAGGAACGACGACGUGGCCCGUUCACACGCCAGACGUCCAAAUUGUCCGAGCUGAUGUCAUCGGUUGGAAAGCGCGCUUCUUUCAGGGCGGAACCGAAGGCAAUCUACUUGCCAAUGGAAGAAUCCUCCAUUACUAAAUCGCAAAGCAUUGAUUGAGUCAUUUAUACUAUUUUGAUUUUCUUCUGUUUUUCUUUUUGUUAUCGAAAUCGCGGGUAUUGUUCGAAUUUUCUGUUCUUUUUCUGGCAUUCAAAAAUACACUUGGAUUUCGGUUUGCUUUUAACGAAAA